AUGGCGUUUAUUAAAGAGGAGAGUGAAGAUGUAAAGAUUGAAGAGACAUUCACAGUCAAACAGGAAGAUCUGCAGGAACAAACAGACCUAAUUAAAGACUACGAGGAGAGUAAAGAGGAAGAACAUCAUGUCAAAAUUGAGGACAAAACUCAUUUAGAGACUGAUUGUGUGUUAAAAGUGAGAGACAAGAGUUGUUUUACCUGCACUCCGUGUGACAAGAGUUUGGCAAGCAAAAGCAAAUUAAAGACUCACAUGAGGAUCCACACUGGAGAGAAACCAUUUACAUGCACUCAGUGUGGGAAGAGUUUUAGCAAAUCAUCAUCGCUUUAUAGACACAUGAAGAUCCACACCGGAGAAAAACCAUUCACUUGCACUCAUUGUGGGAAGAGUUUCAACCACUCAUCAUUCCUUAAUCUACACAUGAGGAUCCACACUGGAGAGAAACCAUUAACAUGCCCUCAGUGUGGGAAGAGUUUUAGCAAAUCAUCGUCGCUUUAUAGACACAUGAAGAUCCACACCGGAGAAAAACCAUUCACAUGCACUCAGUGUGGGAAGAGUUUUAACUGCUCAUCAUCCCUUAAUAAACACAUGAGGAUCCAUACCGGAGAAAAACCAUUCACUUGCACUCAGUGUGGGAAGAGUUUCAGCCACUCAUCAUCCCUUAAUCAACACAUGAGGAUCCACACUGGAGAGAAACCAUUCACAUGCCCUCAGUGUGGGAAGAGUUUCAUCAACUCAUCACACCUUAAUCAACACAUCAUGAUCCACACUGGAGAGAAACCAUUCACAUGCACUCAGUGUGGGAAGAGUUUUAACUGCUCAUCAUCCCUUAAUAAACACAUGAGGAUCCAUACCGGAGAAAAACCAUUCACUUGCACUCAGUGUGGGAAGAGUUUCAGCCAAUCAUCAUCCCUUAAUCAACACAUCAUGAUCCACACUGGAAAGAAACCAUUCACUUGCACUCAAUGUGGGAAGAGUUUUAGCCAAUCAUCAUACCUUAAAAACCACAUGAAGAUUCACACUAGUGUAAAAGAGUAUGUGUGCUUGGAGUGUGAGAAGACUUUUAUUACAGCUGCAGAAUUGAAACGGCACCAGAGGAUUCACACUGGAGAAAAACCGUACAAGUGUUCACACUGCAGUAAGAGGUUUACUCAAUUAGGAACCCUGAAAACACAUGAGAGGAUUCACACUGGAGAUAAACCGUACAAGUGUUCACACUGCAGUAAGAGCUGGACUCGCAAAAGCAAACUUAAGAUUCACAUGAUAAUCCACACUGGAGAGAAACCAUUCACUUGCACUCAGUGUGGGAGGAGUUUCAACCGCUCAUCACACCUUAAUCACCACAAGAGGAUCCACACUGGAGAGAAACCAAUAAGGUGCACUCAGUGUGGGAAGAGUUUCAGCCAAUCAUCAAACUUUAAUCUACACAUGAGGAUCCACACUGGAGAGAAACCAUUUACGUGCACUCAGUGUGGGAAGAGUUUCCGCCAAGCAUCAUCACUUAAUAAACACAUGAGGACCCACACAGGAGAGAAACCAUUUACUUGCACUCAGUGUGGGAAGAGUUUCAACCGCUCAUCAACCCUUAAUCAACACAUAAGGAUCCACACUGGAGAGAAACCAAUACCGUGCACUCAGUGUGGAAAGAGUUUUCGCCAAUCAUCAUCCCUUUAUAAACACAUGAGGAUCCACACUGGAGAGAAACCAUUCACAUGCACUCAGUGUGGGAAGAGUUUCAGCCAAUCAUCAAACUUUAAUCUACACAUGAGGAUCCACACUGGAGAGAAACCAAUAAGGUGCACUCAGUGUGGGAAGAGUUUUCACCAAUCAUCAUCCCUUUAUAAACACAUGAGGAUCCACACUGGAGAGAAACCAUUCACAUGCACUCAGUGUGGGAAGAGUUUCCGCCAAGCAUCAUCACUUAAUAAACACAUGAGGAUCCACACUGGAGAGAAACCAUUCACAUGCACUCAGUGUGGAAUAAGUUUUAACUGCUCAUCAUACCUUAAACAACACAUGAGGAUCCACACUGGAGAGAAACCAUUCACUUGCACUCAGUGUGGGAGGAGUUUCAACCGCUCAUCACACCUUAAUCACCACAUGAGGAUCCACACUGGAGAGAAACCAUUUACUUGCACUCAGUGUGGGAAGAGUUUCAACCGCUCAUCAAACCUUAAUCAACACAUAAGGAUCCACACUGGAGAGAAACCAAUAACGUGCACUCUGUGUGGGAAGAGUUUUCGCCAAUCAUCAUCCCUUUCUAAACACAUGAGGACCCACACUGGAGAGAAACCAUUUACUUGCACUCAGUGUGGGAAGAGUUUCAGCCAAUCAUCAAACUUUAAUCUACACAUGAGGAUCCACACUGGAGAGAAACCAUUUACGUGCACUCAGUGUGGGAAGAGUUUCCGCCAAGCAUCAUCACUUAAUAAACACACGAGGACCCACACUGGAGAGAAACCAUUUACUUGCACUCAGUGUGGGAAGAGUUUCAACCGCUCAUCACACCUUAAUCAACACAUAAGGAUCCACACUGGAGAGAAACCAAUAACGUGCACUCAGUGUGGGAAGAGUUUUCGCCAAUCAUCAUCCCUUUAUAAACACAUGAGGAUCCACACUGGAGAGAAACCAUUCACUUGCUCUCAGUGUGGAAAGAGUUUGGCAAGCAAAAGCAAACUAAAGACUCACAUGAGGAUUCACACUGGAGAGAAACCAUUCACAUGCUAUCAAUAUGGGAAGAGUUUCAGCAAAUCAUCACUUUAUAGACACAAGAAGAUCCACACCGGUAAAAAAACAUUCACUUGCACUCAGUGUGGGAAGAGUUUUAACUGCUCAUCACACCUUAAUCAACACAUCAGGAUCCACACUGGAGAGAAACCAUUCAGAUGCACUCAGUGUGGGAAGAGUUUUAACUGCUCAUCACACCUUAAUGAACACAUGAUGAUCCACACUGGAGAGAAACCAUUCACAUGCACUCAGUGUGGGAAGAGUUUUAGCAAAUCAUCGUCGCUUUAUAGACACAUGAAGAUCCACACCGGAGAAAAACCAUACACUUGCACUGAGUGUAGGAAGAGUUUCAGCCAAUCAUCAUCCCUUAAUCUACACAUGAGGAUCCACACUGGAGAGAAACCAUUCACAUGCACUGAGUGUGGGAACAGUUUCAGUAAAUCAUCAUCGCUUUAUAGACACAUGAAGAUCCACACCGGAGAAAAACCAUUCACAUGCACUGAGUGUGGGAAGAGUUUCAUCCAAUCAUCAUGCCUUAAUGUACACAUGAGGAUCCACACUGGAGAGAAACCUUUCACAUGCACUCAGUGUGGGAAGAGUUUCAUCCACUCAUCACACCUUAAUCAACACCUCAUGAUCCACACUGGAGAGAAACCAUUCAAAUGCCCUCAGUGUGGGAAGAGUUUUAGCCAAUCAUACCUUAAAAAACACAUGAAGAUUCACACUGGUGUGAGAGAGUAUAUGUGCUUGGAGUGCGAGAAGACUUUUAUUACAGCUGCAGAAUUGAAACGGCACAAGAGGAUACACACUGGAGAAAAACCGUACAAGUGUUCACAGUGCAGUAAGAGGUUUGCUCACUCAGGAACCCUGAAAACACAUGAGAGGAUUCACACUGGAGAGAAACUGUACAAGUGUUCACACUGCAGUAAGAGUUUUGCAAGCAAAAGCAGUCUUAAGAUUCACAUCAGGAUCCACACUGGAGAGAAACCAUUCACAUGCCUUCAGUGUGGGAAGAGUUUCAACCAAUCAUCAAACAUUAAUCUACACAUGAGGAUCCACACUGGAGAGAAACCAUUCACAUGCACUCAGUGUCGGAAGAGUUUUAGCCUAUUAUCAUCCCUUAAUCAACACAUGAGAAUCCACACUGGAGAGAAACCAUUCACAUGCACUCAGUGUGGGAAGAGUUUCAGUCUGUCAUCUUCCCUUAAUCGCCACAUGAGAAUCCACACUGGAGAGAAACCAUUUACAUGCACUCAGUGUGGGAAGAGUUUCAGCCUAUCAUCAUCCUUUAAUCAGCACAUGAGGAUGCACACUGGAGAGAAACCAUUCACAUGCACUCAAUGUGGGAAGAGUUUCAGCCAAUCAUCACACCUUUAUAACCACAUGAGGAUCCACACUGGAGAGAAACCAUUCAUAUGCACUCAGUGUGGGAAGAGUUUCAGCUACUCCUCACACCUUAAUCACCACAUGAGGAUCCACACAGGCGAGAAACCAUUCACAUGCACUCAGUGUGGGAAAAGUUUUAACUGCUCAUCACAGCUUAAUCAACACAUGAGGAUCCACACUGGAGAGAAAUCAUUUACGUGCACUCAGUGUGGGAAGAGUUUUUACUGCUCAUCACACCUUAAUCAACACAUGAGGAUCCACACUGGAGAGAAACCAUACACAUGCACUCAGUGUGGGAAGAGUUUCAGCCAAUUAUCAUCCCGUAAUCUACACUUGAGGAUCCACACUGGAGAGAAAACAUUUCCAUACACACAAACAAAAGCUUUUUUUAAUCCAGUAUGUAGUUUGGCUGUCAACCAGGAAUAUUCCCCUUCGAAGAAACCAUUCACAUGCACUCAGUGUGGGAAGAGUUUCAGCUACUCAUCACACCUUAAUGAACACAUGAGGAUCCACACCGGAGAGAAACCAUUCACAUGCACUCAGUGUGGGAAGAGUUUCAGCCAUUUAUCAUCCCUUAAUCAACACAUAAGGAUCCACACUGGAGAAAAACCAUUCACAUGCACUCAGUGUGGGAAGAGUUUCAGACACUCAUUAAUUCUUAAACAACACAUAAGGAUCCACACCGGAGAGAAACCAUUCACAUGCACUCAGUGUGGGAAGAGUUUCAGACAAUCAUCAUCCCUUAAUUACCACAAAAAGAUCCACACUGGAGAGAAACCAUUCACAUGCACUCAGUGUGGGAAAAGUUUCAGCCAAUCAUCAUCUUUUAAUUACCACAUGAGGAUCCACACUGGAGAGAAACCAUUCAAAUGCACUCAGUGUGGGAAGAGUUUCAGAAUAUCAACAUCCCUCAAUUUACACAUGAUGAGCCACACUCGAGAGAAACCAUUCACUUGCACUUAAGCCACGAUCACACUGGACUUUUCUUCCCAUAGACUUCCAUUCAUACGCACGUGAAUGCAUCGGACAGGAAACGCAAAUUUGUGCGUUUCCUGCAAAGUUUUGCAGUUUACUACAUUGCAAAGUUCAAGCUUGGUAAACUCUGACCUGCAAAAUCGCAUCACUUGAUUGUGUGAGACCAAUCGAAGAUCAAAAUAUGAACUCUCUUGGCAGAAAUGUAAAAUAUGGACCAAUCGCUCACUUUUUUUAAUGUCUAAUCAUCUUGGUUAAUCCCGCCCCUUUUGCAGCGCCAUACAACAGAAUUUUGCAUGCUCAAACUCUUGUGUGACCGCAGCUUCGGUGUGAGAAGAGUUUCAGUUACUCAUCAGAAGAUACUAGAAAAAUACUAGAAAAAGUUGUUUCUACUCAAUUAUGUUCCUUUUCUGCAGACGAACAAUAUUUUUGAUGUGUUUCAGUCAGGUUUCAGGGCUCAUCACAGUACAGAAACCGCAUUAGUGAAA